CUGCAUCACUUCAAAACCUGGCAAGAUGGUGGACACAGUCAGAAAAUGGAGAAUUGUUUACCUUCUUCUCGGUUUUUGCUUACAUAUUUUAGCCGGAAGAGAUUUUACGCUAUACUUGGCGUGUCUAAAACGCCAGUAAAAGAAAUAAAGAAAGCUUAUAGAAAGCUUGCUAUGAAAUGGCAUCCAGAUAAGCAUCCUGACGAUGAAAAAGCUCACGAGAUGUUUCAAGAUCUCAGUACGGCGUACGAAGCGCUUUCUGAUGAUGAAAAAAAGGUUUAUGACGCUCAUGGUGAAGAGGGAUUAAAAAAGAUGUCUGGAGAGAAUGGUCAUGAUCCAUUUGACUCUUUCAACAGUUUCUUUGGUGGUUUUAAUUUUCACUUUGGAGGAUCUGAUCACUCCCAUCGACGUGAUUAAAGGAGGGAUAUUGUGAUGGACCUUGAUGUGACUUUAGAAGAAUUAUAUGCUGGGGAGUUUAUUGAGAUGAUGAGACACAAGCCAGAAUCAGAAACUAUUUCAGGCACAAGGAAAUGCAAUUGUCGUCAGGAAAUGCGUACAACUCAACUUGGCCCUGGUAGAUUUCAGAUGGCCCAAGAAGAAGUGUGCGAUGAAUGUCCUGCAGUGAAAUAUGUAAAUAAAAUGAAGAAGUUAGAGGUUGAGGUAGAACCUGGAAUGAUUAACGGUCAGGAAUGUUCCAGAUUUGUUGGAGAAGGUGAACCGCACAUUGAUGGUGAUCCUGGGGACUUGAAGUUCAUCAUAAAGGAACAAAGACAUCCUAGGUUUCAUCGUGAUGGAAUGACUCUUCAUACUAACAUCACAAUAUCACUUGUUGAUGCUUUGAAUGGUUUUGAAAUGGAUGUUGCACAUUUGGAUGGGCAUAAGGUUCAUGUAACAAGAGAAAAAUUACAUGGCCAGGUGCCACAAUCAAAAGAAAGGGGAAGGAAUGCCCAGUUAUGAUAAUAACAAUCUCUUUGGCGAUUUAUUUAUAACGUUUGAUGUCGAGUUUCCAAGAGGCACAUUAGAUGACAAGGAAAAGGAAGCUGUUCUCAAAUUGAUUAAACAGAAGUCAUCACAGACGACAUACAAUGGCCUAUGAAAAGAAGUUUUGCAAUUCCUAUUUAUCAUUCUUUACCACUCUGACCUGAUUUUGUACAUGAAAAGAAGCUUGCAUUAUAAAUUCCCAGUUAUUAGAUAGAUGUCUCUCAUUGUGAGCGCGGUCAUUCUAACAAAAUAUCAAGGCUCAGUCGUGGAACUUUACGCCACAAGAAAACAAUGUUGAAAUGCUGUCAAAGUUUCAUUUUUUUAAUACAUGCCUGCAAUUUUUCAUUUUUCAUGCUCUUAAAUAUGAUUAUAUUUGUUUUAUGUGAACUGUUGAAGUGCUGUUUUCACCCUGAAAGAGAAUAUAGUGUGAAAAUGAAAUAAAGUAUGAAAACCAUCAAA